CAAUGCUACAGUUCAUGAAACGACUAGUUAUGCCCCGUUUUAUUUGAUGUACGGUCGAGUCCCAAGACUCCCAGUGGAUGUGGUGUUCAAACAAGUCCUGAAGGACCCAGUUGUUACAGACUUCAAUACUUACGCCGGCAAACUGGUGGCAAACCUUCACGAAGCUGCCACCAUUGCUCAACAACACACAAGGAAACAGCAGCAGCAUCAAGCCAAGGGAUACAACAAAAAGGCCCGUGGCACUCACCUGAACAUUGGAGACAGAGUCUUGCUAGCUAACAAAGCUGAAAGAGGGAAACGUAAACUAGCAGAUAAGUGGGAACCUACCAUGUACACUGUUACCGGGCGUAAUCCUCAGACUCAUGUUUACCAAGUCACGGAUGAGAGCGGGAGGACUAAAGUUGUCCACCGUAACUUGAUGCUGGAUGUCAGCUUCUUGCCCAUCGUCCAACCAGACAGUGAAGAGUCAGAGGCAGGUGCUUCGGAUGCGGUCAGUGAGUGCGACCCCUUGUCCUCUGAUGCUGUGAGCAACCUGGCGGUGGAUGCCUCUGAGGACCGUACCUGCUCAUGGAUCAUGGAGACGGCCGAUGCCAACUCUCUUGCUGGUGAAGAGGAUGCUGACUUGGAGAUGGAUGAUGACUUGCCACAGUCACUGCCUGGUGCCCCUGAUCAGUUAACAAGUCCCCCGUCUUCAAGAGACGUGCCCAGUCCCUCAUGCCCAACUGACACUGACCCGCACCUUGUUGACACUACUGACCUAGAUAACACAGGGUCCCCCAACAUCAUUUCACCCACCCCAGCUACUGAUAGUCAGAGCACUACACAACACAUAGGGCCUGAGAGACGCACCCGCACAGGCAGAGUUGUUAGGGCAGUUAACCGUCUGAUAGAGUCUAUGGCUCAAAAACCCUUCACACGAGAGCUUAUGAGGUCUGACAGGUCAAUGUCUUUGCUUUCAUUAUUUUAAACAGUAGGAAAUGCAACAGGACUGUUGUAGUGUAUUGUUCUGUAUGUUGAGUUACAUCUCAAGGUUUUGGUAUGGUGUAGAAGGGCACCUUACUUACUAGAAGGAAUAAUAGUCUGAUCACCUAUUGUUUACUUCGAACUUACUUUUAAGUAGCUAUAUAUGCUGUAAAUUGGGAAUACGGUCCCGUGGUUACCUUGGGUGGAGAGAACAUGAACAUGGUACACUUGUGUUAGGUUAUUUCACUAGGACACCCUAGUAUUCAGGAUUUUGGUGAAAUCAAAGAGGGGUGAAUGUAGCAGUGAAGAUAAUGCCUACACAUUUACUUUUAUUUUGUUAUUUUCAUGUCAUAAGAUGGUGAACUUUCAUUUUAUGUUGGUGUUUAUUUCCCCAAAAUCCUUUCUCUGUAUCUAGUUUUGAACUUGCUGGUAUUGGGAGAUUUGCUCAUUUUUUGUGUUAUAGCACCCUCUAGUGGCGUGCGCGACCUGUCUUUUGUUUUGCACGUUCUUCUCUGUUCAGUCUGCGCUGAGCUGAGCAGGGAAAGGCUGGUCCGAUGACGGC